ACUACUUGAAACCUCGUCUGUUUGGGAAAGGUCUAGUGGACGAAACAACGCUGAGGUAAGAGAGAUGAAAAAUUAUAUUGGGUUCCCUUAUCGGUAGUGACGAACAAUUUUCACAACCUUAGCUGAAUAAUCUUAACUACCUGAAAAUACAAAAUAUAUCUGCUUCCCUGUUUUGGGCCUAGGUUCUUUGAAGGCAUUAUUUUCUGUGUACGUUAUGUUUCCAUAACACUAAAUAUGCAUGUUCUUUUGUUCUUUAGCAAGUUGAACUAGAUCAUUUGGCCGAUCCGCAGGAAUUCUAUUCUACAGAAUGGUAAACUUACUAUUAAAAAACACGGAAUAAUUUCUGUCAAAGAAAAUGAAAUUUAAUGUUAUAAUUCACGGAAUAAAGAGUUGUGGCAUUCUUAUCGUCAUUUUCCACCUCGAUACAUAAAAGGCAAAAACGCAAUUAUUGAUCUAUUGGCGUAAUUGGUUUUACAUGGAUGUACACGGUUAUAGUGUCCCAUGUUUUCGUUGCACAAGAAAUUGUCCCGCUCUAUAUUUAAUUGUUUUACCGAAUUAUAUUUUAGCCAGGGCCGUACGCAGGAUUUUUUCACAAGGGGGAGCAGUAUGGGCUGUAUGCCGAGAGAAGUCCCGAAUAUCCAAAGAAUAAGUAACAAUGACAUUCUAAAACUCGUAAAUAUAGUUUUCUCUAGGGGACAGUUGUCCCCAACCCCACCCGCUGUAUACGGCCGUAAAUCUUUGUGUGCAUGAGUAGAGCUUGUUGAAGUCUUAUCGUGCAUUCCUAAUACGUAUACAUAUACCGUAGGAUCAAGUACUGUUUCAAAUUUGUUGAUAAAUUCUUCUUUAGGGAAAAUGAAUCGGAUGAAUUGUAUAACUAUGCGUAUGAGCAUGCAAUUGGGUCCCCAUUAAAUCGAAUUAAGAUUCCUUACAACACGGAUGUCAUUUACGAGGAGCCGUAUGAGGUAAAAAUUAAGUUCCAUUAAAUACAAAGUGGAUAUUGUGUCUAAUUUAUGAGCUGUAUUCGGCAUGCACUCUUGUAAAUAGUUUUUCUUUGUUUCUAUAGGUAUUUUCUUGUAAUAUAUAUAUAUAUACCCAGUUGAGUACCCAUAAUGUAGAAUAAUGAAUAAAAAAAUACUCGAACUCUAAAGUUUGUAAACCAGGAGGGUGUUUCUUUUCCAACAAACUAAAAAUGGCUUCAAAAAUUGAAAAGCUUCAAUCGUAUUUUGAGUUAAUGCAUGGAAAAUUUGUUGGGUUUUUAAUUACUGUACAAAAUUUCAGACAAUUUUCUUUAGUUUUAUCCCUUCAACUAUUCAUUUUUCCCUAAAAAAUCAGCCUUUUGUAUGCUUAAUUAAUGCGUUUACCUAAUUUGCAUAUUGCGGCAAUAGGCAAAUUAGGCGAAGGCAUUAAUUAAGAAUGCAAAAGGCUGAUUUUUUAGGAAAAAAAUGUAAGUUUGCGUGAAUUGUUAAAGGGCUUAAACUGAAGAAAAUUGUCUGAAAUUUCGUGCAGCGAUUAAACACCCAACACGUUUUUCACCCAUUAACUCAAAAUACGAUUAAAGCUUUUAAAUCUCGUGCGCAAGGCAUUUUUAGUUUGUUGGAAAAGACACACACCCCUGGUUUACAAAACUUGAGUUCCAGAAAUGUUUUCAUUAUUCUACAUUAACCCAAAGACGCUAUAUAAACUGGAUACUAAUAUAGAUGUCUUGCGAAAUUGGGAGCAAUUUCAAAUUUGUUCAUUUUUUAUACACCCUGUAUAUAUACAGCUGCGCAGGAACUGCAGAAUGCAAGCUUUUUUGACCGUCAACGCAUUCUUACGCAUAUUAUUGCAUAUUUCGAUUUUGGUCCUAUUAUAUGAUUUUUUGUUUAGGGAACACAACAAGUGGUUGUGUCCGGUUCUAAUAAUCUUUAUGCUGCUCUUAAACCGCACAG